AUGAGACCAGAACAAGAAAGUAUUAGAAUGGAACCAUUUAUCCAAACCAUUCCAAUGUCUUUGGAUAUAUUCCCAUCACAACCACAAAAGAAACCAUCGUCUCCAGUUUCAAAGGAUAUUGGCAAUAUAAUUGGAAAUAUGUGGCCAUUUAAAUCAAAAUCUAAUAUUCAACAACUCUAA